GGAGGCACGAGAGGAGGAGAGCAGCAGCUGCUGGGCUCUGAGGAUUGGGAGAACCACGGCACUAAGGACAUGGGAAUCACAAAAUUACAUGGCCUGGCUAUUCUAGUGACAGCAGCAAUCACUGGUGCAAUCUGGUACCACCACCCUUUCUCCCCAACCAGAGCCCAGGAACACGCAGCCUCCCCUGAAGAGGAUUCAGCACUAAAAAUAGACUUACAUGAAACAUCUCUGAUGCUUCCAUGGAGACAGGAUGUGCUGGUGUUGACACCAUGGUUGGCUCCAAUUGUCUGGGAAGGCACGUUCAGCAGGGACAUCCUGAACGCCCAAUAUCUGCAGAAGAACUUGGUCACUGGAGUGGUCGUUUUUGCUGUUGAAAAAUAUGUCCAGUUCAUAGAAGGGUUCAUGAGAUCUGCCAACAAGUACUUCCUUGCUGGGCACCACGUGAAUUUCUACUUGUUCACAGACAGUCCCGAGAAGAUCUCUUACCUUCAGAUGGCCCCUGAGAACCACCUGUUUGUCAUCCCUGUCCACAAUGACCCCAGGUGGCAGGACAUCUCCACGAGCCGCAUGGACAUCCUCAGCUCAUACAUCCACAGCCAGUUCCAGCACGAGGUGGAUUACCUGUACUGCAUGGACAUCGACGUCCAGCUCCUGGCACACAUCGGUGUGGAGAUCAUCGACACCCUGGUGGCAACCAUCAGCUCCUGGCAGGUCACCCCACAGCACAAGGACAGAGCCUACGAGGCACGCCCUGCGUCACAUGCCGCCAUCCCUGAGGGACAAGGGGACUUCCAUUACACAGCGAGCUUCUAUGGGGGCUGUGUGGCCGAGGUCUACAAACUGACCCGAGCCUGUUCUCAAGGGCUGAUGGAGGACAGAAAAAACGGCAUUGAGGCUCGGUGGCUCCAUGAGAGCCACCUCAACAGGUACCUCCUGCACCACAAGCCCACGCGCCUGCUGUCCCCGGAGUACUACUGGGACACAGAGCUGAGCUCCAGCGUCAUCCAGGUGAAGAGGAUGUGCCCUGUGCGAGGGCAGAGAGAGGCAAGCUCCUGA